GAAUGUGCCAUGGUAGUAAUCCAGAAGCUCCAGAUGCUCACAGCUCACAGCUCAACACUUAUCUUCAACCACAACCGCAUUUCAGCCACCAGCCGGAACCAACAUCGAGCUCACAAUGUGCUCUGCAUGGCACUACACUGCGGCCUACGAGUCACGGCACCCAUCGGCAUUGGCAUUGGCAUUCCCGUUUUCGUUUUCGUACGACCGAUCGGCACGCUGGAUUCUGCCGAGCAUGCGAGCUUUCGGUUGUGCUUUGCUGCGCUGAGGCUGCGUUGCCAGCUGAAUAUUCGUUGAAUACCUUCGUCGAUAAAAAAAACACACCGAGAGAGAGAGAGAGUGAGAGAUGCCGAGUGGCCUAUCCAUUUUUUGGGACGCCCCUUGAUCUAAAACUCGUCGAGCUGAAGUGUAUCUUACGAAGUUCUUCUCUCUUUCAUCUCCAUUCGGGAGUGUGUCCACCCAGGUGGACAGACGGGCAUGCAUUGGAGUAGGCAUGCCCGCUUCUUUCGACUUCUUCCAGUCAACGAGGGGAUGCAGUUGAAUAUUGCUGAUCCACUUUCCCAGAGCAAUCGUAAUCGCUUUCGGCAUCCCGACUCGCGAAAGGCGAUCAUUUCUCCGCUGUGCCAGACGGAUUGUAUUUGGCCCUCAAAAUAAAUCAUGGAUGCUGAUCUCUGUGCAGUCUACUCCAUGAAGGAACUCGACGGCAUGAGCGUUGUAGAUUCUUCCGGUGGAUCCCCCGAACCCGAAGCACGAGGGAGAAUUCAGACCGGGCGCGACCGCGCUAUUGCAUCAUGUACGAGUUCGCUUCGGUAUCCCGCAACUUGCUCUUGAUCCGCAAGUGGUUCAUCCAUCAUCAAUAAACCCUGAUCCAUGGGGCAGGAAACAUUUUAUACAUUGAUUGCACGGGCGAACUUAUUUCCAAAAGUUGCUUCAGUAAGGCUUAUUAUUACACUUCGUACGUGUGUCUCUGUACCUUCUCGACUCCCACGUGCCUUGUGGAUUUCUCUUCGACAGUGGUCCUUCAACAGUCAAAUAUAUGGAUAUAAUUCGAGAACACUGAUGUCGAGAAAUUUGUUCGUUAGAGGAGAUCGGCUGAACGCCAAGUGGGAAUUUUAUCAGGUAACGAACCUUCUACUUCUGAUAUUAUUCCAUAGCACUGAGAGAAAGUCGAGAUUCCAAGUUGCUGAAAUUGCAACUUGGACUCUCGACUUUCUUUUCGUUCGUCACAAUAUUGUUUCAUUUUUCCGUCCAUGUUCUUCUCGAGGAAUUAAGAAUCUGGGUUAUAUCCGAGUCCAUAUAACAGUCCAGUUCGUUGGUUGUGAAGAGAAACUUGAAUGACAGUUUCAAAUAGAGGCCUUGGCGUCUCGCGGAGUUCCAUGCACCUGUUUCGCGAAGACUGUGCUUGGUAUUAGCUAUAUUAAGGAGUCGAUAAGGAGUAGAUAUGUGUUG